CUGAACUUAACUAUUGCAUAUUCCUUCGUGCUGUCUGUCUUCUUUCCUUCUUGUUGGCUGACCAUGUCCUUGGUAGCUUUAGCCUAAUUUUUUAUCUUCUCCAGGAUCUUGUCCACUGCACCUUUGUCAUAAUUGUCUUCUUUGAAACCUUUAUAAUUGCCUUAUUAGCCUCUCUCCCUCUUACUUAGGGCCGUGAAGUAGAAGAGGUGCUGCCCGUCGACCAUGAGCCUUACUAAAGCCAACCAGCUACCAAGCAAACAUCCAAGGUCAGAUAUCAUCACCUAUGAAACAUCAAGAUAAAAAAGGACAAAAGUUAAGUGCUAAUAAGUCAUUUGUGAGUUUCACAUGCAUAAAACUUUACAGGGCAUAGCCCCCAGUGCUGCCCACUCCAAGGGGCAGAGCCUGGGGAGCAGGAGUAAUCGCCCUUCGAUUUCUAGGUGACUAGAUCCCUUUUUAUGAGAUGGUCACAAUGGAUGUCGCCUCUCUUGCCCUAGCUCUCCUAGAAGAGGGUCUAUCAUCAUGGCCAAGUGGCCUAUGCCCAAGCAACCUCUCCUUGGUCUUCAAAGUUCUGUGACCAUUCCUAGCUUGUCGAAUUGCAUCCCAUUGUGCUUUACCCAUGGCCAUCUAUUUCUCGUCCUGUUUGGCCUUGCCUUCUUGGAUAGUGGGAUCUUGGUGUUAGCUUGUUAGGGCUAGGAAGGCAAUGGCUUUGAGGUAGGCUUUGGAACCGCCAACAAUGCAAGUAAAAGUUAGUACUAGGAAAAAGUAGAGCAAACAAGAAAGAUGAUAAAGCCACAUGCUAGUGCUACCUAUCCUUUAUCAUGUACAAGCUCAAAUCAACUUGUGCCAACUUCUCCAUGGCCAACAGCAAGGAGAAGGAGAGGAUCCUAAUUUGUUGACGCUAGUCUAGUUGUUCUACCAAGUAUUGAAUUGCCCAUCCUUCACCGGAUCCCUUUAUCUUCUCCUUGCUAGCUAUUCCCCACUGAUGAGGGCAAAUACAUGUUUUUCCAUUCAGUCAUAGAUGAGAUACAUAAUGUCCUAAAUUAACUUUGAAAACAAAUGUAUAGUCCCAAGAGGAAGGGUGAAUUGGGUUAUUAAAAUUUCUUUCAAAUCUUUUAAAAAAUUCUUAACCUCUUUUAAUUUUUUCAAAGAUUUCUCGACUUCUUGGUAAUAAAAUUUAAUGUUCUUUUAUUCAAUCCACAACCACACAAUACAAGUAAUCAAAACAAAGCUCAAUCAAACAACCAAUUGUUUUGCCAAGUACAAGUUAAUUGCAACACUAUUAAGAUUGAUGAAUGCUUGCAAGAUUCAGCACUUCUAAGCAAAGAUUUAGAAUGUAAGCUUAACCACAACUUUGGAAUAUAAACACACUCCAAUCAAUAUCAAAUUUUAAACCAUUCAACAACAAUAUAUUUAAUCAAUAUAUUAGAUACAACUUUCAACUUUUGUUGUCAGCCCUGGGUAUAUAAAUUUAUAUUUAAGCCCUGCAAUGAAUGUGAAUUUGAACCAAGCCCUGUAUAUAUGAAAUCGUUCCUUCAAUGCAAACCACAACUCAAUUCCCGAACAACUCAGAAUUUAAAUAAACUCUUUAGUUAAUUUGUCUUUGGGUGUUAACCAACCAACGUACUUCCUUUUGAGGUUUCCGCAAAGUUUUGAUCAACCAACGUAUUCCCUUUUGGUUUCCGAAAUUCCAAAUCAAAAUUAAACUUUAAGUUUAUUAACUUCUAAAUUACGUAGUUUGUAUAAUUAAGAAAAUUAAAUCAUCCACGCAGUUUAUAUAUGCUGAAUGUAAAGAGAGUAAGGGAAAGAGAGAGUGAGACCACGACUUUUACGAGGUUCGGCUUAUACGCAGCCUACGUGCUCGCCUUUGGCAAACCACCAAAGGAUUCACUAAAACCAGUUCCUUUGCCGGGCGGAACAACACCGUUUACACACUUGUUUAGUAGGCUAGAGCCCGCCUCUCCAAGCGAUAUCCCCUCACUCUGUCACUCCUUCAAUUAGGCUAGAGCCGGCCUCUCUAAGCGAUAUCCCCUUGCUUAGCCAAUGUUCCAAACACCUUGGAACGUCAAAGAGUUACAAGAAACACAAGAUACAAUCUGCGUACAAGUAUAUUCUCACAAAGAGCAAGUUAGUACAAUUUCAGCACUAUGUACUUCAAGAAAUUAAAUAUCAAUAAGAAAUAGAAUUGAAGCUCAAGUGUAGAAUUCACCAAGGGUUCUUUAGUGAUUGAGAAAACUCAGUAUGAGAACGGUAGGUUGAUGUUUCAGCAACAAUUCAGAUGAUUUCCCCCAGCAAGAGUAUGAGCAAUAGAGAACUUUGAGAGAUAUUGAGAGAUUUAAUGCAAGUAUGCUGUGUAUUUGCUUUUUUGUAUUAAUUUCUUCGGAUUAAGGUAGUAUUUAUACAUUUUUUAGGAUUAGUUUCCUUGUUCCCCAAGUUACUUGGAGUGUCCUCCAAGUUUUUAUAGCGUUCACAUUUGAAAAACUAAUUUUUAGAAUUUUCCCAUUAAGUUAAAAAAUUUGAAAUCCCGUGGAGUCAGUUGGCUGGACAGGCGACUGGGUAAGCAAUUUUCACAGGAUCAAUCGGCUGGACAGGCGGCUGACACCUUUCUGUUUGUUCAGAAUUUAACCCAAAUAAAUGUCAGUCGGCUGGUUCGACACAGUUCAAAAAUGGUCAAUCGACUGGGCAGUUAUUCAUUCCGGUGUUUUCCUGUCAGUCGGCUGAGUAAACCCAGUGUAAUCUGGUCAGUUGGCUGACCAGUCAUUUUUCUGGUUUUUCAUUUUUAGUUUUUCAAAAUUAGUUUUGCUCUCUUGCUUUGAUCUUUCAUAAAACAUUUUCCGGGGUUUUAAAAUAGGUCUCUUAAGUUCAUAAAUAUCCCCUAAAGAGCUUCAACAAUAUUUCAAAAGAUAUUUAAACUAUGAAGCACUUACAUAGAGACUUCUAGGAUAUUUGACAUUUUGAAACACUCAAGUCUUCAUGCUUGUUUUGCUUUGAGCACUUUGCUUUUCUUUGGCUCUCUUGCUUUGCUUCUUUGGUUCCAUCUUGACUUCAAGUAACAUAUCAUCUUUAAAAUCAUGCUUUUGAUUCUUUAAGUUUCAUUUGAUCCUUGUGAGCACUUUGACCUUGCUUUCACAUAUGUGAGCCCUGAAAUCAUCACUUAUGUUCAGUUCCACGGGUUGGUUAGCAUCAAAACAAGAUUUUAAGUCUUGUAAUGCCAACAAACUUGUUCUUGGGCUUGGCACAAAAUUACCACCAUCUGCACAAGGUGGGAUGCUGUUUGAGGGGGAAGAGAUAACCAAUUAAGAUCAUUCCCAAAAAAAUUGCUGACAAUCUGAAGGAUAAACUGCCUGAAACAGUGGCUCUUAAAGGUCCAAGUGGCAUUAUGUGGAAUGUAGAGUUGACAUCAAGUGGUGAUUCUUUGAUCUUCAAAAAUGGUUGGAAAGAAUUUGUAAAAGAUCAUUGUCUAGAAGAAAAUGAUUUCUUGAUCUUUAGAUACAACAGGAACUCACAUUUUGACGUUUUAAUAUUUGACCAUCAAAGUUUAUGUGAGAAGGAAGCUACAUAUUUCAUCAGGAAGUGUGGGCAUUUGAAACUUGAAAGUGGGUGCAGGCCAAAGAGGGAUGUAAGGGAGAAUUCUGUGGAGGCUGUUUGCAAUUCAUUGCAUGAUGAUGAUCAAUGCACUUCAUCAAAGAAAUCUCAGAAGGUGGACAAUGUGAUGCUGGAGUCACCAGGACAGCGAUACAUCCCCCGUACAAAGCGAAGCAUUUGGAAGAAAGUUGAAAGUCAUAAUUCUGGUGAUGGACAAAUAAACAUCAAUGGAAAUACAGCAAAUUAUGUGCAAUAUGUAUCAAAUAGACGGCCUGUCAAUGAAGAUGAAAAGGAGAUGGCCUUGGAGAUGGCACUAGCAAAAUCCAGCAAAGAGGGUUUCUUAGUAGUUAUGCGACCCACACAUGUAUACAAGAGAUUCUUUAUGGUAAUCCCAUCGGAAUGGGUGAAUAAGCACCUCUCUGGCCAAAGCCAAGAUGUGAUUCUCCGCCACAAGGAAAACACAUGGCCUGCCAGAUACUAUGCUCGUGGAAGUUAUGCAGGACUAACUGGUGGGUGGAAGCAUUUUUCUGUAGAAAAUAACAUAGAAGAGUUCGAUGUGUGUCUGUUUGAGCCUGCUGCCCAGCUUAAUGAUACUGUGGUCUUGGAUGUUUACAUCUUUCGAGUUGUCGAAGAGAUAGUACCGCUGACAUCUCCGAAGGGUCGUGGAAGGCUACCGUGAAAUGCUAAGAGAAGGAUCUGCAUGCUAGGCAUCCCUUGGACUUGCUCACAUUUCGGUCUGCAUGCAAAAGCUGGGGUCUGUGAAGUGUUGCACGUUUUGGUCAUUUCUUUCUGACUACAUUUUGGUCGAGUUAUAGUUGGUUUACCCUAGGAUCCCAUGCUUGUGUUCUGUUUGCUUUUUGUUUUCUUUUUACUGUUUGCACCAGAUCUCUAUUGUUGCAUAGCAAAGUAAUAUGCUAAGUCUUUGGUUAAAA